UUUCCACUCUCAUAUUUGAACAUUUCAAGCCCCCAAAAACAAAAAAUAAUUUUUUUAAGAAAAAACAUCUAGAACAUUAAAUAUUUGGCUACAUAGAAAAUAAAAUAUACAGUCAUCAUAGGUUUUUAUUUUUUAUUUUUUUUCUCUCUCUCUCUCUCUCUCUUAUUUAUACUUUUAAAAUUUUUGAUAUUUUGAUGGUCUUCAAGCUAAUUUCCACAAGCAAUUCUGCAUCAAACUUGGACAGCUCCAAUUUUCUGCUUCUAUGCUUGACCAGUUACCUUAACCAGGAGUUGGAGAAAAUUAUGAGUUGUAGCUGCUUUGGUGCUUCAGCAUCAAAGACCAAAAAGGGUUCUGGUCAGGCUAACCACGGCAUAGAUGAAAAUUUGCUGGAAAGUAUAAGACAUUUCUCCUACAAUGAGUUAAAAUCAGCAACAAAUAAUUUUCAUGUGAGCAAUAAACUAGGGCGCGGAGGCUUUGGAACUGUUUACAAGGGAACCUUAAAAGGCGGUGUAGUAGUUGCGGUGAAGGCACUUUCUGCUCAGUCAAAGCAGGGAGUGCAUGAGUUUUUGACAGAGAUUAAGACCAUAUCGAACGUCAGGCAUUUCCAUCUUGUUGAGUUGAUAGGGUGCUGUGUUGAUGACGGAAAUCGGAUUUUGGUCUACGAAUAUGUGGAAAAUAACAGCCUUGAACGCGCGUUGUUAAGUUCAAGGGUUACAAACAUCAAACUAGACUGGAGUAAAAGGUCUGCUAUUUGCUUGGGCAUUGCUAGGGGUCUCGCAUAUCUCCAUGAAGAACUCAAGCCGCAUAUUGUCCAUAGAGACAUCAAAGCUAGCAACAUACUCCUUGACAAAGAUCUAAACCCGAAGAUUGGUGACUUUGGGUUGGCAAAACUCUUCCCGGAUAAUAUUACUCACAUUAGCACAAAAAUUGCUGGAACAACAGGUUAUUUGGCACCAGAAUAUGCAUUGGGUGGUCAGUUAACCUUGAAGGCUGAUAUUUACAGUUUCGGUGUUCUAAUACUUGAAAUAGUUAGUGGCAGAAGCAAUUCAAAGGAUAAUUGGGGAGGGUCUCAGCAGAAGCUUCUUGUGGAAUGGGCAUGGCAGCUUCAUGAGGAGGGGAGACUCUUGGAGAUAGUUGAUGCAGAGUUAAGCGAAUUCCCAAAGGAAGAAGUCACCAGAUACAUGAAGGUAGCAUUCUUUUGCACUCAGGCAGCCGCCAACCGAAGGCCGCUGAUGAGCCAGGUCGUUGACAUGCUCUCAAGAAACAUCCGAAUCAACGACAAACAACUUACAGCCCCCGGUUCCUUUCAAGACUCGAAACUUAGAGGAUCUUCUUCGAAAAAUACUGGCUCAAUUAGCCAAGAGAUGAGUUCUGUCCCCGUCACUAUAACUCAGGUGACCCCUCGAUAAAGGAGGACAAAGAUUACCAAUUCAUUUUCCUGGAAAACAGAAAUUCUAGUGUGAAAAUCUUGAAUAGCUUAUUUUUAGUUUCUCUUUUCGUAGGUUUUUUUCUAUAGAGGAGAGUUAUUUUGAGCGAACGGUAUAUUGUGUAUCAAAAAAGUAAAUCGUAUUAUUCUCUCUCUAUAUAAAUAUAUUUAUUCUUCAAUAUUCAAA